GUGAAGGCGACAAGGUGGUCAUCGAUGUUCUGAACGCUAUGGAGGGACUGGAGGUCACCAUCCAUUGGCACGGUAUCUGGCAGAGAGGAACCCAGUACUCAGACGGCGUUCCCUUCGUCACGCAGUGCCCUAUCCAACAAGGGAACACAUUCAGAUACCAGUGGGUAGCCGGCAAUGCCGGUACACACUUCUAUCACGCCCACACCGGUCUGCAGAAGCUCGACGGACUGUACGGUAGCAUUGUGGUGCGGCAAGCUCCAUCCCAGGACCCCAACAGCCAUCUGUACGACUUCGACCUGACAACCCACGUGAUUCUAAUCAGCGACUGGAUGCAUGAGGAUGCUCUGGAGAGGUACCCAGGCAGACUGGCCGUGAACCCAGGCCAGGACCCUGACGCCGCGCUCAUCAAUGGCAAGGGGCAGUUCAUGGACCCCAACACUGGUUUUGUGACUAACACUCCUCUGGAAGUGUUCACAAUGACCCCCGGCAAGAGGUAUAGAUUCCGUCUCAUCAAUUCAUUUGGCACAGUGUGUCCAGCCCAGUUCAGUGUGGAGGGACACGUCCUGACCCUCAUUGCGACAGACGGAGAGCCUGUCCAACCCGUCAACGUAAACACCAUCAUCUCUUUCUCUGGAGAACGUUAUGACUUCGUUAUCACAGCCGAUCAGCAGGUGGGAGCUUACUGGAUCCAGGUGCGCGGUCUGGGGGAGUGCGGUGCGAAGAGGGCCAUGCAGCUCGCCGUGCUGAGAUAUGCCAGGGGCCCAUACCAGCCCUCCAGCCAGCAGCCCACUUAUGAUGUGGGACUCCCUCAAGGCGUGGUUCUGAACCCGCUGGAUGCUGUAUGCAACAGAAGAAGAACCGACGCCAUAUGCAUCAACCAGCUGAAGAACGCUAGGCACAUUGACGAGGGUCUACUCCAGGAGCGUCCCGACGUCAAGAUUUUCCUCCCUUUCCGCUUCCUGUUCUACAGACCGGAGGAACUUUUCCAGCCGCAUUCAUACAACCGAUUCUUGGUUGCCCCCACCGGUGAUCACGUGAUCAGUCUUGUCGAUGAGAUUUCCUUCGUUUUCCCUCCGGCUCCGCCCCUCUCUCAGAUCGACGACAUCCCUCCGGAACAAUUCUGUAAUGGCGACAACAGACCUCCAGACUGUGGCGCCAACUGCAUGUGUACACACAAGGUGGACAUCCCGCUUAACGCCGUUGUGGAGGUCGUCUUAGUUGACGAAGUUCAGCAGCCAAACCUGAGUCAUCCCUUCCAUCUGCACGGGUACGCUUUCAAUGUUAUCGGUAUGGGACGGUCCCCAGACAGGAAUGUGAAGAAGAUUAACUUGAAGCAUGCCCUGGAUCUGGACAGGAGAGGUCUCCUCAACAGAGAGUUCAAUCUACCUCCCGGAAAGGACACGAUCGCUGUCCCCAACAAUGGCUAUGUCGUCUUCCGAUUCCGCGCUGAUAACCCUGGAUACUGGUUGUUCCACUGUCACUUCCUGUUCCACAUCGUCAUAGGCAUGAACACCGUCAUUCACGUUGGAACUCAUGCAGACCUGCCACCUGUGCCACAUAAUUUCCCCAGAUGUGGCGACUUCUUGCCCCCGAUUAGCUUACACUGAUAAUAAGUCAUGUUAAGUACAAGAGCACAAGGGCCGUGUUAUGGAUUAAAGUUUCGACAUAUUCCAUAUGUCUAUUUGCAGUAAAGUGUACCCAAAAUUUCUUGGCAUCUAUUAGGUACUAUGUUAGUUUUUUAAGAUCUUCAAACUGGAGUGAAGAAUUGUUUAUGUACUUCGUAACUAUACUUCUUUAACAUGCCAAGAUGUUUUGGCAUGUAUUUGAUACUGCGAUAGGUAUGUAGUUCUUGACACAAUCAAAUGAUGUUCAUCUGAUGCUCUUUCCCAACUCUGUCUGUCAAAAAAAUUCAAAUGCUCUUUUGAAAAGAGUGAUUACAGAAGACAGAGCAACAAUAUUUCCCGAGAAAAACUGGACGACACAAAAUAUUUGUCAAGUCAGUGCCUUUUCAGGUUAAUUUUUUUUUAACAUCAAACAAAUCCCGACAUUUAUUUCAUCUCAUUUAACAUACGCAUUCUAAACUGUCAUCACUCAUCAUCAAUCAUUUGUAAUAACCUGAACAAUUAAGAGGAGAGCCCAAAGAAUUCGCCAUCAUUUCGUUACAUUAGCAGGUUCGCCUCUAACGAUAUUGUGUCUUCGUUCUGUUUCUAAAUGUUAUCUGUUAGAAUGGGCACCAAAUGCUUUAUGGGGACAAGUCCUAUUACCACCAUAAAGCUCAUGGAAUCCUCAUUCCACUCAAAAGUAAUUCUUAUACUUUUCAGUGGAAUGGCAGGAACACUGUGUUAGUACUGAAUGUUCGAAGACAAGCGAUGUUUCUUUUAAUAUCUCAAGUAUUAAUAUUUAUUGAACCCUAAGGAUGAGUACUUUGCAACUGAAAUAUUUAUAUGUACUUAUUUAGAGUAUGGAGUGGAAUUAUCUUCAUGCACAAGUCACUGUAAGUAUGGUUUCUCUGGGGAGAAGAAUAAAGAAGGGCUCUACAUUGGGUUCGAAGUGCUAGUGAGCAUCUUUGUAGCCCCCCCCCCCCACCCCGAAUGGUACUGUUGUAAACUCUAUUGACUCUUAGUUUUAAUUUUAAUAGACAACCUUUUAAUUUACAUAGGCGCAAUCCAGAAAUUCCUUCAGACUUUUCAUUUAUUUCAGUUGCACUGAACAAACAUCAAAUACACUAUUAGAAUAAAAUGUAUUCUGUCUCUACGUUCCAUUGUAAGAGCAGUCACAUCAACCCAGUGUUGUAACUUCGUAAACAAGUUGUGUUGUGCAUUGCUAAGUCUGUAAAUAUAGUUUGUAUAUUUGUGUGUUCUCUUUGAAGUAGAAUAUUAUAUAAAAAUUACUUUAAGAAUUAUGUAUUUUUGUUUUUAGUUAAAAAUUAAAAACUUUAUAUAAAAUAUACUUGGUCACUACAGAAUAUGCUCUCCAGUCUAAGAAUAUGACAAGUGGAAUAAUUCAGUUCAUUUGUGAUACAAUAUUAUGUUGAUACUGGUAGAAUUUGGUUAGCAGGUUAACUGCUAGAAGGCAGAGAACUGUAAUCAAAUACAAUAUUUGUUCAAACUUUCCUUGACUGUCAUCUGCAAUCACUCAUUUUGGUGACUGGAGUAUGCACUGUGUGUACUGACCACAAAUGAAAUAAUGUUACAUGUUAACCAUUCCAAAAGGUAAACUUUCCGGAAUUAUCAUAAAAUUUUCAUAGAAAAAACUCAUGAUGUGAAACUAGUCUCAACAAGUGAGUUGGUGUCUUCGUCUUCUUCAAUAUUCCUGUAUUGUCUUUUUUUAAUAUUUCUCAAGUGUUACAUAAUAUCUAUUAAAAUUAUCACCAGACUUUGCAAUUAUGACACAACCUGCUCUAUUUGUUACAGAUGUUGCAUUCACUUCAACAAAUCAUUAAUAUGAUGAUUUUACCGAAUGUAACCUCAUAGUUUGUAUGGUUGGUGAUAAAA